CCAAAAGACAAAGAAAACAUUGCGGAGUUGCGGUGGACGAGCUUUCAGUGUUUCUUUGCUGCAUAAAUUUAGCCUGGAUUCAGCGUCGGAGGUGUCGGUGUCGACGCCUCGCUAUGUACGGAACUGUGUGUGUGUGUGUGUGUGCAAAUUCGUGCCUGAUGUUUAUAGUGUACGUUAAUCUAAUAAUGUUUACAUUGGACGAUGGUAGGCCUCCGAAAGCUCAACGUGAGCCGCAUAUUAGAUGUAGUGUGAUGGACCGAACAGUCGUAGAGAGGAGCUUCUUUCGGUAUAUAAUUCUUUGAAGGUUGGAGCAAGCAGUGGGGAAAGUAGUGAAAGAACAACAGUGCAACCUCCAAACCUGCUAUAUACCGCUAAGUACUCGAAAGGACCUUUUCCUGGUAGUGUACAGGGCCUGUUGUCGGUUGAGGAGCGCGUUUCGCAAUUCGAGACGCUUGAAGUUCGCCGAACAAUGAUCACCUCUUGACCAGAGGAUAUCGACGCGUUCAACCCCCUACAAUCCACGGCAUCAUCCAGCGUCCCUUUUGUCACCAGUUCGCGGGUUUGCAAGAUGUUUCUGCACACCGCUUCUUAGUUUAAGAGUAGGCCUAGCGCGUACGGGUUGGCCCUCCUAGCCCUUAGUAUCAUUUCACGCCAGUACCGGAUUCGUCGCACACAGGCGGGAAACGGAAAUCCCGACAGGGCGGGCGAAUCUAGGCGGGCAGGGAGAGCAAGUGUUCGAUGUGGAGGUAACAGCUAGCAGCAAGUUCUGAAAACCCAUUGCUCAAAUUCAGCUCAAAGACAGGGGAACGACGUUGUGAACGACCGUAAAGCCACACAGACAAUCGACAGCCAGCUCGCCGCAUACUACCUGUAUCACACCGUCGGGAGCUCGCUGUAAGCGUCCUUUGAAACUAUCGCAUCCGCUUUGAACAUUCACGCUGUCAUCCUGCCGUGCGCACCUUCCGGUAAGAUAACGUGGAAUAGAUAGGGAAAGGUGUGCAGCCCGUAUCCCUCUUCCAACAACCCCUGGGCGAGUGAGCAGCACGGGUAUCGAAAGGUACAUAGAGUAGGAUCGGUGGCACCGGGGCGCACGAGGGGGAAUGCGAUGAGGCUACUACACGGUGUAUAUUUUACCAUAUUUGCCGUCGUUUCCGUGUGUGGAGGCAAUCCGGAUGCAAAACGACUGUACGACGAUCUGCUCAGCAACUACAACAAGCUUGUCCGGCCGGUAGUAAAUGUUACCGAUGCGCUAACGGUCAAGAUAAAGCUUAAGCUGUCACAGCUAAUCGAUGUGAACUUGAAGAACCAAAUCAUGACGACGAACCUGUGGGUAGAGCAGACCUGGUACGACUACAAGCUGAAGUGGGAACCGAAGGAGUACGGUGGCGUGGAGAUGCUGCACGUACCCUCCGACCACAUCUGGCGCCCGGACAUUGUGCUGUACAACAAUGCGGACGGUAACUUUGAGGUGACGCUUGCGACGAAGGCGACGCUUAACUAUACCGGCCGGGUCGAAUGGCGCCCGCCCGCCAUCUACAAAAGCUCCUGCGAAAUCGACGUCGAGUACUUCCCGUUCGAUGAGCAGACGUGCGUUAUGAAGUUUGGCAGCUGGACCUACGACGGGUUCCAGGUGGAUUUGCGUCACAUCGACGAGAUGAACGAAACGAACGUCGUGGAGGUGGGUGUGGAUUUGUCCGAAUUCUACACAUCCGUCGAGUGGGACAUUUUGGAGGUACCUGCCGUAAGAAAUGAAAAGUUUUACACGUGCUGCGAUGAACCAUACCUGGACAUUACGUUCAACAUUACGAUGCGCCGCAAAACGCUUUUCUACACCGUCAACCUUAUCAUUCCCUGCAUGGGCAUCAGCUUCCUCACCAUACUGGUGUUCUACCUACCGUCGGACAGCGGUGAAAAGGUAUCGUUAAGCAUAUCCAUUCUGCUAUCGUUGACGGUGUUUUUCCUGCUGCUGGCGGAAAUCAUUCCGCCCACAUCGUUGGUCGUCCCGCUGCUAGGCAAAUUCGUCCUGUUCACGAUGAUACUGGACACGUUCAGCAUAUGUGUGACUGUGAUCGUGCUUAACAUACAUUUCCGGUCGCCACAAACGCACACGAUGGCACCAUGGGUAAGAACCAUCUUCAUCAACCAUCUGCCCAAGUUGCUGGUGAUGCGUCGCCCAAUCUAUCAACCGCUCCAUCACUUCAGUGCCGCCUCCCAGCGGUUCAUGCUGCGUUCGUGCAACAGCCUCGGUGACCAUAUUCCACCACUUCCGCCCACGAUCGCGUUUGAUCCGUCGGUACUGCUCGAUCACCAUUUGCUCGAUUCCAGCGAAAGCCUCAAUACCUGCCGGCUGCACGGUAGCCCAACACACCUGCACAAUCAUCGGUCGGGGCGACACCAUCACCAUCAUCACCACAACGCGCUGGUCCGUGGGAUGGACCUGAUGGACGAUAUGCCACUGCCGUAUCACGACCACAACCAUCACAACUCGCCCAUGUCCCCGAUCAACUUCAAUCUGCUGAGUGCGGCCAGUACGGCGGUACCGAACCCGCAGCCCACUACCGGCGCAACCGGCACCGGCGGUGGGUUGCUGGACCCGAACAGCACCUUCCACAAGAGCCUAGCGGCGGCCAACACGAACGACAGCAAGGCAACGGCCAACCUGAUGCUGAAGGGUGGCGCGGUACCGGCCGGUACCGGCCAUCUGAGCUGCUGCAACAGCCUGUUCCUGAACGAUCUGCAGCAGGCAGCGACGGCAGCAGCGGCAGCCGCCGUCACAACCGGUGCCACCACCACGACCGAUCUGCUGCUGGGCGAUAAUGGAGUCGCGGUACCGCUCAACAAUAAUCUACCGACGAACGUGCUGCCGAGCGGUAUGAUUAUCAACACGACCGAUACGGGCACGACGGUAACGGCGGGGGCGGCCGGCAAGGGCGACAAGACGGGCCAGAACCGUAACCGGUGGUUGGAGUGUCCCGAGCUGACCAAGGCAAUGGAUGGCGUAACGUACAUUGCCGACCACACCCGGAAGGAGGAGGAAAGCUCAAGGGUAAAGGAGGACUGGAAGUACGUGGCGAUGGUGCUGGACCGACUGUUCCUGUGGAUCUUCACGAUAGCGGUCGUGUUCGGUACGGCCGGCAUUAUACUGCAGGCGCCCACACUCUACGAUACGCGCGUACCGAUCGACAUAAAGAUGUCGGAAAUUGCUACCACGACCGCGAAACCUUACAUCGCCAAACCAAUACUAUAAUGUGUGGUGUGCGCGACUACUGUGUGUGGUGGUGUGCACUGCGAACUACUCGAACGGGCAGCAUUCCUACCGGUGCAUUUCGGUUGGUUUGUUUUGGUGUUUUGUUUUUUUUCCUUCGAAGGGGAAAUUUGCGUGCAGAACCCUUAAACCAACUACUAUAAACAAAAACACCUACAGACACCUAUCCACACAAAAGCAAACAUUUGUCAUGCGAAUUAAGGUAAAUAGGCAGCACCGGAUCCGGCUGGCAUUUAUCGCUACUAGUAGUGAACUAACCUAAGUAGUACUUUUUUAAUCGAACCAUGGUCAUCCAACCUGUAACACACAUCGCUCCCAUCCUAUCACCGUUCGCAUCGCACCCUAGGCUAACGUAUAUAUCGCGCACGUGCACCUGAUAACAACAUCUGGGAGGAGAACGUAACACAACUCUGGAGUGAUACACGCGGUUCGGAGAGUUUCGCCGACCAAUUCUAACCUAUUCAAUUACAUCGCUUCAAAGGCAGUUACGCGAUCAUACUCUACGUUUUCUGCCCCCCCGUUUAGCCAUCGUCCGUACCUACUACUACUAUUGUUCGGUGUCUACACCGAAGCACACAACCACCAACGGUUGCUGGGUGCCGCCCGUUCGAGCAGGUCUGGUUUCCAUAAUUUAAACAGUAACACCGUAGCUGGAUAGUCACACCAGGAUAGUGUGACCUGCCGCAGGUUCGUUCGAUACGUACCUUACGUUAAGUUUGCCUUUGCGCUAAAGUUUACGCCAUUAGCAACAUUUGCAAAACACGAGCAAAAGCAUCGAAAUCGUUAUCAGGAAGAUAAUACGUAGUUGAGCGUUUUUGGUGUAGCGUGGCCGUGCGGUGGAUUUUGUCGUGCUUAAUUUCCUCUUUUAAGCUGUGCCACGUUUGUGCACGACGCACGCUUGGAGCUGUCAUUCGGUUUUGCGGUUUUAACCUACACGGUCCAGUACUACGCCCUCAACCCUGUCUAGACGGUUUUAAAGGAAAUGGGAAACGGGCUAAGAAACAAACUGUUAAUCGAUAAGCAAACACACACACACACACGUACACAAUCGCGAACAGCGAAGGGAAGCACACAAAAUGGCGAUGCAAACACGUGUCUUUAACCGAGGGCGCAUGGAGUAGUAUUUUAAAUCGCAAACCGCAUCAGACAGGGGAGAUGCAGCAGGAAACCCGUUGCAUUGCUCAAAAUACCCGCUAACACAUACACAUAGAUACGCAUACACACGCGGUAUGUAACAGUUCCCACUAUAAUGGAGAUUCGUACUCGAUGCCGAUGCAGCAUCUCACUAAUGGUGGAGUUGUAUGUGUGUGUGAGGGAUUUUUUUAGGGGGGAAUUCAAAUACAAAAUAUAACGUACAAAACGAGCUCACCAUUCACUAUAGAACCCUUUCUUCUUCUUCUUCUUCCUUGGCACUACACUGACUUGAUUUUAAGCUCCGCAGUAAGGGAGUUAGACCGAGGUAAAGGCGACAGUGGCAAAGGUCUUCAUAGGGUAGCAGGACCGGCGUUCCAACUACAUGCUAUCAUUAAGUCUAGUAAGCCAGAAAUCGAAUGCAGAGACCGGGAGGUGAUAAGGAUGGGAUUUGAACCUCCGUUCCUUCACCUCAUCUUAUUUCGCUUCGUCUACUUCCUUUGGAGGGGCUUUUGGGACUUUCUUACCUACUUGGUUGGUUGUAUGGUUGUAUGGUUGUAGUCAGGACACUAUAUAUGAUCCCCCCCCCCCUCCUCUUUUAGAGUAAAACCUAACCCCACACUCACACACUUUCACUGACUCACAACAAAAUAAUCUCACAAUCAGUAACUAUUAGAGAGAGAGAGAGAGAGAGAGAAGAAAACGUACACGCUCGUUUCCAUAUUCAUAGAAUUUGCGGCUCGCUUUGAGCAAAUACAACAACAACAACAACAAAAAACCGAAUUAUUAACGUUCAACGAAAUUAUAUAGAUAUAUAUAAAGAAAACAGAAGUGCUAGCCAAGAGGAACACAAAGGGGACAGAAAGUAUAAAAGAUUAGGUGCGCGGGGGAGGGGGGGGGGGGGGGUGGAAGCAAGAAAGCAACUAACAAAACACAGAUUCUAGACUCUAGAAGAUUGAUUUUUAUAAUAAUGAACACAUUUGAAGUAUUCAGCAGAUAGCAAAAACCAAAAAACUCAAACACAACAAUUAUAUUAGUAAUCAAGUAACAGUAGAGUGGGCAACGAAGUAACGUAAAAUAUGCUCAAAAGGACACACACACACACACACACACACACACACACACACACACACACACACACACACACACACACACACACACACAGAAACAGAAACAAAUCGGAUACGAUUUGGUCGAGAUUCGCGUGCCAUGGAAACUUCGGCCAUGGACCGGAAGGUGGAGUGCAAGCAUCUCCCAAAGCGAAACAAAAAGAAGGGAAAUCCUAAACAAAUAAAAAAAAAAUGCAGGUCAGCGGCGCUUGGGAGGAUUACCUCAGAACCGGAAGUAAGGGGAAAAAUGCACGCUAAACGUGUUUGAGCAACACAAAUGUGCACGUGGCAAAAGCAAAAAUGAAAGGGAGACACGAACGGGGAACCAUAGUUAACUUAUGAACAAACAAAACAAACAAACAAAAGCUAGCAUAAUAUAUUAAAAGCAGACAGAAAAACAACAAACAAAACAAACAAACAAAAACGGAUAUCUGAAAUAAAGAAAAACAAAAUAUCAUACAUGA